AUGGAGCCUCAGAUGGCUGUGCCACUGGCUUCAGCUGUCAUACAACUUGUCGACUUUUCGAGGAAAGUGGUCCAGAAGGACAAGGUGGGCAAAGUAUACAAAUCCACCGGCACCGCCCUAGAAGAGGCUACACUGCUCGAUGACGCCAUCGCUAAUCUCGGCGACUUGUCACAACAACUUGAGAAGGCACGACGCGCAUACUACAAGUCACAUUCUUCCCCUGAUCAGGAAAUUGCAGAUGCGCAACUGAUUACAUUGGCGAAGGAUGGUGGGGGGGUGGCGAAGAUCUUACAGGCAACACUGGAUCAAGCGAAGCGCGACAAUGACGUGGAUGAGCAGACGGUACUUUCACAAGGACUACGCAGCAUUUUGAGCUUGUACUACAGUCAGAAGACGAUAUGUGAUCUUGCGGAUAAAGUUGGCUCUAUUCGCAAGCAAGUAGAUGUCGCUCUGCUCGCCUCGCUCCGACAGCAUGCGACUCGACAGCAUUCAGUUCAUUCGGAGAAGGGACGGCUUCCGGUGGACGGCAACACAGGACCUGAUAUACUCCUACUCCAGUCUAUCGCGCAUCACGAUUGGAAGACAACGGAGACGGUUGAUGUCGCUGCAUUUUCAGACACGUUCGAAAACUCCGUCGUAAGCAAUGAUAUGGAACGCCGUUUCGCCAGCUUGAUGUUGGCGCGCUUGCAUUUCGCUGGCAUGCACGAUCGGUACAAGGCGAUUCCCAUUGCGUACCCAGGAACCUCGCAAUGGAUAUUUGAUGCAAUUCCCGAACAGCCCGCCACUAAUGACUUUGAUUCCUUCUCUCGGUGGCUCACAGCAAUAGGGUGUAGCAAUACAUAUUGGAUCAGUGGCAAGCCGGGUACUGGGAAGAGUACGCUGAUGAAGUUUGUGUCUAGUCACCCUCGCACCGCUGCUCACCUGCGCGCCUGGGCCAACGGAAGGACACUUGUCAAAGGAAGCUUCUGCUUGUCUAGUCUGGGCAACGACAUGCAAAAAUCGCGUAUGGGGCUUCUACAAAGUCUGCUUCACGCUGCGGUUAAAGGCGACACGGAGACGUUGAUCCAGGUCUUUCAUCAUCGCUGGCAACGGUUCCUUGAUUCCGGUGGAGGACGACAACCUUUCACAUGGCUUGAACUGCGUCAGGUCUUCAUGACAAUGAUCUCCGCGCCUAUCACGCCAAGAUCAUUUUUCUUCGCGAUCGAUGGCCUAGACGAACUCGACAGUGGCCUGAAAGACAUUCUUCAAUUGAUCAAAGACAUAGCCAGAUAUCCACAUGUCAAGGUUUGCGUUGCCGGCCGAUCGUCACCAGAGAUUCAUGGCGCAUUGGCAGGCAAGCCUUGUCUACGCCUUGAACGUCUAAAUCGCCAGGAUAUCUGCAACUACGUCGCCGCCUCACUGUCAAGGUCGCAAGUAUACGUCAAGGUCAGCAAAAUGGAUCCCAGUCGCGCUACUGAACUGGUCAAACGUUUAGCUAAGAAAGCAGCCGGUGUGUUUCUCUGGGCACAUAUCGUGGUGCAACUAUUACUUGAUGAUCUGCCACCUACAGCCCGCAUGGCCAGUCUUGUUGCUCGGCUCGAAACGUUACCAUCAAGCCUAGAGCAACUCUUCACAAAACUUCUCGGACGUCUGGAAACAGAACACCUGAAGCACGCGUCGGAACUUCUCCGUCUGAUGAUGAACAAAUCACGGCCUCUUCUGCUCGAGCUAUGGUUUGCGGACUGCAACAACGAUGACGCGGCAUUGAGGAACGAAGCCCGACCGCUGUCAGACAAUGAGAUAUUCGAGCGUCUCGAGAUGAUGAAUCGCCGACUGGUUUCCCGAUGCGGAGGCUUUCUAGAGACAGAAAGCCAAAGCGGAAGUCCAAGUUCUGGACUAUCGAAGACGUCUCGUGUUACCUGGACACACCGCAUUGCGAAAGACUUUGUCCGGUCUCAACGAAUAUGGAACAUCAUACUCGACAACACCGGGCAUAAUGCUUUCGAUCCUGAAUGGCACUGGGCCAACGGUCAACUAGGCCUAUUCAAGACUGUUGCCGGGACCACCAGUACCAAGAGCUCUCACUUCCUCUCGUGCGUCGAUUAUGCACUUCGACUAGAACAGCGGCUCAACAUCUGCCCAGUCAAGUUCCUAGAUGAAGUCGGCCGUACCGCAACGACGUAUGCGACUGUAUACGACGAUAUCGUGCCUCGGAAACUCAAAGGCACUAUCAACAGCUUUCUCGAGUUCGCUGUCCUGUUCAAUCUCGUAGGCUACGUUCGUGGCAGAGGCCCAACGCUAUCGAGAGACGAGUUAUUACAUGCUUCUCGCUUGCUAGGUGCACUGGACGCAAAGAAGUGGGAAGUGUUUGUAAAGCGUUUUGAACACCCUGGAAUCUGGAGUAAGGAGUUUGAAGAAAGAAAAAAGGACAUGCAUCAGGUGAUGGACAGCUUGCUUGAUCGAGGAGGCGGUCAGUCAAGAUGGCAAAGAGCGAGGAAGAGACUUUCUGGGCAGAAGAAGACAUGA